UCUUCAGAGAUAUUUACAGGGACAAAAGGAGCCAAAAGGUCCAACCGAAUGAAAAUGAGAACUACGCUACACAUACCAAAUAGAGUCCUCUUCCUCCUAGCAGCACUUCUUAUAAUCGAUAUGCUUAUGGCCUCCCGUAUCUCUCUCUCCCGCUCAAUCCACCCAAUCCUAAAACGUUCUCCUUAUUCCCAUCUUGGCCCCAAACAAUUCCCCAAAUCUCAUCCCUGCCCUCUCUGGUCCUCUUCUUUCUCCUUCUGCCUCCAAUCUUUCCAUAAAUCCACUACUUCCUCUUUCUUUCCUUCACUCUCUUCCUCUCCUUGCUAUGCUUCAUUCUCUUCACCUUCAGUAGCUACUCCUGAUGAUACUCUUCCCUCCAAUCCUCUCUUACAGGACUUUGAAUUCCCUCCCUUCGAUAUUGUUGAUGCUAAACAUGUUCGACCUGGGAUUCGUGCUCUGUUAAAGAAGCUUGAGAGUGAUUUGGACGAAUUGGAGAGAACAGUGGAACCAUCAUGGCCAAAGUUGGUGGAGCCAUUGGAAAAGAUUAUAGAUCAGUUGGUUGUUGCAUGGGGUGUGAUCAAUCAUCUUAAGUCUGUUAAGGAUACACCUGAACUACGUGCUGCAAUUGAAGAAGUUCAGCCAGAAAAGGUCAAGUUUCAGCUUAGGUUGGGACAAAGUAAACCAAUUUACAAUGCAUUUAAGGCCAUCCAAGAUUCUCGUCAAUGGCAGUCACUAAGCAAUGCUCAGAAACGUAUAGUGGAAUCCCAAAUAAAGGAGGCAGUUCUUAAUGGUGUUGCCCUUGAAGAUGACAAAAGGAAAGAAUUCAACAAAAUUCAACAGGAGUUGGAAAGGCUAUCUCAAAAGUUUGGGGAGAAUGUAUUGGAUGCCACAAAGAAAUUUGAAAAAUUCAUUACAGAUGAAAAAGAAAUUGAAGGGUUGCCUGCUACGGCACUUGCAUUGGCUGCACAGACAGCAGUAUCGAAGGGGCAUAAAGAAGCAACAGCUGAGAAUGGACCAUGGAUAAUUACAUUGGAUGCCCCUAGUUUUAUUUCUGUUAUGCAACAUGCUCAAAACCGUGAUUUGCGUGAAGAAUUCUAUCGUGCUUAUGUAACUCGUGCUUCAAGUGGUGAUCUAGAUAAUACACCAAUUAUUGACCAAAUAUUAAGGCUUAGGCAGGAAAAGGCUAAGCUUCUCAAUUACAUCAACUAUGCUGAGGUAAGCAUGGCAACAAAAAUGGCGACUGUUCAGAAGGCAGAAGAGCUCUUGGAAAAGCUACGCACAGCUUCCUGGGAUGCCGCAGUUCAAGAUAUGGAGGACCUUAAAAUUUUUGCCAAAAAUCAAAGUGCAAUAGAAGUGAAUGAUUUAAGUCAUUGGGACAUCAGCUUUUGGGCUGAGAGGCUUCGUGAGUCAAGAUACAAUAUCAAUGAGGAUGAAACUGCGCCUUAUUUCUCAUUGCCAAAGGUUAUGGAUGGCCUUUUCAACCUUGCAAACACACUUUUUGGAAUUGAUAUUGAACCAGCUGAUGGUUUAGCUCCUGUUUGGAACAAUGAUGUUAGAUUUUAUCGUGUUAAGGAUUGCUCUGGUAGUCCAAUUGCAUAUUUCUAUUUUGAUCCAUACUCUCGUCCAUCUGAGAAAAGAGGAGGGGCAUGGAUGGAUGAGGUUGUCAGUCGAAGUCUGGUUUUGUCAUGCAAUGGUACUGCUCCAAGGUUGCCUAUUGCCCACAUGGUAUGCAAUCAAACACCACCAGUUGGAGGAAAACCAAGCCUUAUGACAUUUAGGGAGGUUGAGACUGUCUUCCAUGAAUUUGGUCAUGCUCUUCAGCAUAUGCUAACCAAGCAGGAUGAAGGUCUUGUUGCUGGAAUUCGAGGAAUAGAGUGGGAUGCUGUUGAAUUGCCCUCACAGUUCAUGGAAAAUUGGUGUUAUCACAGGGAAACCUUGAUGGGCAUUGCAAAGCACUAUGUGACUGGAGAGACUCUCCCAGAAGAUGUGUAUUUGAAGCUCCUUGCUGCAAGGACUUUUCGUGCAGGUUCCCUUAGUCUUCGUCAGUUAAAAUUUGCAAGUUUAGACUUGGAGUUACACACAAGGUAUAUACCUGGUGGGUCAGAGACCAUCUUUGACGUUGACCAAAGGGUCUCUAAGAGGACACAAGUGAUCCCUCCGCUGCCUGAAGAUAGAUUCCUUUGUAGUUUUAGCCAUAUAUUUGCAGGUGGAUAUGCAGCUGGAUACUACAGUUAUAAGUGGGCGGAGGUACUCUCUGCAGAUGCUUUCUCAGCUUUCGAGGAUGCUGGAUUGGAUGACAGCAAGGCUGUCAAGGAAAUAGGACGCAAGUUCCGGGAGACCAUUCUUGCUCUUGGAGGUGGAAAAGCACCAUCAGAGGUUUUUGUAGAAUUCCGCGGACGGGAACCAUCACCAGAGGCCCUGCUUCGACAUAGUGGUUUAUCAUCAGUUACAGCCUCAGCAUAACUUAAUACUGUUCAUCUGUAUUCUCUCGGUGUAUAUCGAUUCUAAAUGAUAUUUGGGCAUGUUCAUUAGGCCUUCAAAUGCUGUGCACUGAUGAUCAUGGGCUAAAUUCAAAGAGAAUUGUUCAAUCCCUUGUUUGGUUCAAUUGGUAGAUUUUAAAUGUGCAAGAUCUUGAAAAUAACAACUAAUUGCUUUCCCCUUU